AUGUCUUCCCUCAUUACCAAUGGGCGCUACCCUCCUAUCCCUGGCGCCACCCUCAAUGACGUGACCAGCGAGGAGAGGUCAAGUGCAAUUGACUUCGUCAACCGGCAUAACCUUAUCUUCGAAGAGUUCGACCAUGAAAAAAUGACAAAUACAUUCCUCCCAGACGCUGCAGUCUACCAUACUCAUGGCGCUAUCCGCGGCCACGAGAAUAUGAAGGAAUUCUUCGUGAGCAAGUACGGAUCCGUCAUCCCAGGAGUCUCCCGCCAUGCCACCAACCAUGUUGUCGAUCGUGACGAAGAUGGAGGUGUGAUUGUCCGAUACCAGCAAUGCCUUAUUCGAUACGGUUGGCAGGGUGACGACCUGGCUGCUAUCAAUGGAAACGAUACUGUUAGGGAGGACGGCCUCCCAGCAAUUUGGUGGAUCGGAAGGAUCAUCGAUCGGCUAAGAAUGACGCCCAAUGGCUGGAAGAUUUUUGAACGUCAUCUUGGAGCACCUUUUAGAGAUGGCACACUGGACUUUGAUAAGGCCCCUAGUGUCAAGGGCAAGGAUCACGACCAUGGUGAAUAA